CUAGUGUGUUACUACAAUGAGGGACGCAUUUCAACAUGAAUGUGCGCGGUAUGUGCCAUUUAUGGGCGUUUGUAGGCCCUGGUUUAUCGGUCCAUAAUCGUAAUGAUGGCCAUAAGACGUUGUAUGCUUUUGGAAAUUUAGGAAUCCGCUUGCCUAAAUCCCCUGAGGGUUUCUGGAAUCCUAAGUCUGAGUCAAAGAACAAUGUGGAACAACGCCAAUCGUUACCCUUGAUCCAUGUGCCUGAUUGUGGUCCCCAGGGCGUAGUUUCAUACGCUGGUAUAUACAAGGAUAUUGACAACUUGCCAGCGAGAACAUUGGAGAAUGUAGAUAUAGAGUCACUUACCCCUGGUGCCAUAUCAGAGAUUGGCCGAAUGCUGAAUGCCGUUGGCGUUGAAAGCCUCUCCAGGCUUCAGUUAUCGUUGUUUGAUGAGCUUUCGUAUGGUAGCAAUGCGUUAUUCCACUCUGAGACGUCUACUGGCAAGACCUUUUCAAUGCUUUUGUACGCUACCUUGAGACACUACUAUCGCAUUGACCCUUCAUGGUUAUGUUCACGCAGGGUACAGACUUUGUUUGAUACAUCCUUAUCUGGGAAGGUUAAAAAUGCACCUUUCACACCGCCAAAUUCGCCUGUACUCGGCCGUGUUAUGGUACUCUGUCCAACCAAGGAGCUUGCUGUACAGACAGCUAAUCAGUUAAUUGAAUUCACUUGCGGUGAUGUCGACGCUGUUAGACUUAUUAUUGACGACCAAGCUAUGUUACCUGAGGAUAUUAAUAGCCGUCAACUAUUUAUUGUGGGUUCUGCGAAUCAGGUGAACCAGUACAUGCUGACUAAGAGUCGUCGUUAUACCCGUGGCAUACUUCAGCACGUAUCUAUGAUAAUACUUGACGAAAUUGAUCGUUUGAUUAAAGUACCAAAUCAAUAUGCUUCAUCUAGGCGUAAAUCAUUCCUUCGUACUCAUCCAACAGCAGCAUUUCAGCUUUGUCAGACGUUGCUGGCGUUGUCACCAAACCGUUUACAGGUAGUUGGUGCCUCCGCUUCUAUAUCGAGGCACCAUAUUCGAUUCAUGGAUACUGCUAUUCAAUCAUAUCGCAAGACUAGGUGCCCCCUGGCGGUCAUCAGGCACCAAGAUGAGCGUACUGCUGCUAACCGUUACGUAUCAAUUCCAGAAUCUGUAGAGCAUUUCUUUGCGGCGUCCAAUACAGAUUCUUUGGGUAACAAGGUUGGCAAGUUAGCUACAAUAUUGCGCCAGCGUCCGCCUGAGCGUGUAAUAUUCUUUAUCAGCUCAGAUCACUCUUUGCUAUCUUUUAGGCACUACCUAAAUAACUGUGGAUUUGAGUGCAAAAUUUUACAUCAUGAGUUUGGUAUACGUGACAACAUAUCGAAGCGCUUUGACCCUACUGUACAAAAGGGGCUGUAUGAUCGUCGUGCAUCUACUGAAGUGAUGGAUAUGUAUGACAGUUGUAAACAAACUUUAGAAACUGAGUCGGAUCAAUCCUGUUACUAUGCGGCGUCUAUGGAUUCAGCUCGCGGGUUACACUUCUCAGCUCUCGAUACGAUAUACAUGAUAGGCAUACCUAGAAACGUGGAUGAGUACGUGCAUAUAGCUGGCCGCGUUGGAAGAUGCGGAAAUAUUGGACGAUGCAUUGUGGUGGACAGUGCCCCUAACCUAAGUAAGGUGUUGACAUGGCAGAGUGCCAUGAAUUGCACCAUAUCACCGUUAUCUGAUGCGGAAUCGGAAGCCCUAUCAAAAUACAAGAGUAAUAUCAAGGGAUGACCUGGCCAAUACCAUACACAAUGCAACACUUUGGGCGCCUCCUUU